GUACGAAACCCUAACCAGAGGACGCACCGGUACCCAAAUUAACGAGAAGAAGCUUUUUGUUAUCGGAACUCUGCAAUGGCGGAGCACUUGGCUUCAAUUUUCGGAACGGAGAAGGAUCGGGUAAAUUGCCCGUUCUACUUCAAGAUCGGCGCGUGCAGGCACGGUGACCGUUGCUCGCGUCUCCACACGAAACCCAGCAUUAGCCCGACCCUGUUACUUUCCAACAUGUACCAGCGCCCCGACUCGAUUACCCCGGGCGUUGAUGCCCAAGGCCUACCCAUCGAUCCUAAGAAGAUGCAGGAGCAUUUCGAGGAUUUUUAUGAAGACCUGUUUGAGGAAUUGAACAAGCAUGGAGAGAUUGAAAGCUUGAAUAUCUGUGAUAACCUCGCAGAUCAUAUGGUUGGCAAUGUUUAUGUCCAAUUUAGGGAGGAAGAGCAUGCUUCUAAAGCUCUGAAAGCUCUUACUGGAAGAUUUUAUGCAGGACGGCCCAUAAUCGUCGAUUUCUCUCCAGUGACUGAUUUUCGUGAAGCAACUUGUAGGCAGUACGAGGAAGAUGCAUGCAACCGCGGUGGGUACUGUAACUUCAUGCAUCUGAAGAGGAUUAGCAGGGAGUUGAGACGUCAAUUAUUUGGGAGGCAGAGGAGAAGGCACAGUCGAAGCAGGAGCAGGAGCAGGAGCAGAAGUCCGUACAGGCACCGUAGCUAUGAAGAGCGGUCCCAUGGAAGUCGAAGCCACAGCAGAAGGCAUGAUGAUGAUGAAUACCGUGAAAGUCAGAGCAGGAGGCGGAAAACCUCGAGUCCAAGUCGAAGGAGGGGUAGAAGCAGGAGUCCAGGUGGCAGGAGGGAUCGAAGUCCUAUUAGGGAAGGAAGUGAAGAGAGGCGUGCUAAAAUUGAGCAGUGGAAUAGGGAAAAAGAAGAGGCCGACCGUGCGGGCAAUGCAGCUGCUGCUGGCGGUGAUAGUAGAACAGAUAAUGGAUAUGCGCAUUAGUGGUGGUGUGCAGGUUUACAGUUCUUUCAUAUGGAUCAUGAUAGAUUUUUGUGCACCUUUACAUGUGUUUUUGUUAAUUCUGUGCGUAUGUUUGUUUUGUGCAUGAAUCUAUUGCGUGGACCCUAUUUACCCUACUUCUCCAAGCAUAUGUUCGUGUCUCUUUCUCGGUUUCCUUCUGCACGUCCUCUCAAUCUUUGCUCUUAAAAUGUAGCUUAGGCCAGCAAAAGUAUUGCCUUCCCUUAGCUUGAUUGCUUGAUUUAUUGGAAUAUCUUCCCUUUUUUGUUCAACUUCUAUUUCUCUUGGUUGAAUACUCUGUAGAUUGACUCUCGAUGUGGCUCACCGAAAAUUUGAUUUAUGCAUCAAAAACAUUUCUUUCGACAAGAAAGAUUAUAUGUGCCAUUGAAAUAUUAUGUCAAUUCCUGAGAAAACAAGUAUCAAGUAAAGUGAGCAUCUUCAUGGUAGUUAAGUUUAACACAUGCUAAAUAGGAUGUAGGUUCUUCAGUUUACUGCAAUGUUGAACCCUUGUCUGUGUUGUUUGCCUACGGAGAGUCCUCUUGUUGCAUGCAUGGUUUUAUUUUCAUAUGCAGUUGUGUGUUAUUGUUUGCAGUCAGGUUAUCAUGUUAGCCACAACGAAUCCAGGCUAGUGAUUUCAACGUUUACUUGUUCGAUUCUUUUUGAAGUUACAUAAGAUCUGACUUUGUAAACGAGUUUUGCAGGUCCAGGUUCCCUGCUUAUAGAGACUUGAGUAGUACUGAUUUUUAAUCACAGAUUACCAUGGGAUUUGUACAGGUGUUUUGCUUGCAGUGACAGAGUUUCGGUUCAGCUACUAUUUGCAGGAUGAAGAUCAAGUUCAGGAUGAAUCGAGUUCGUUCAGCUUAUUAUUCAUGACUUGUUUAGUUUUUCUCUCUCUUAAGGAAUUGCAGGUCGAGUAGCUUCUAGUUUGCAGCAACUCUUAUUGUACUAUCGAGAUCGGAACUCUAUUUUGCUCAUGGUUUUUUCAUUUUGUUGCGUUGGAGAGCUGAUUUUCCAUUUCUCUUA